AUGGCUUCGGAGGAAUCCCUUCCAGCUCCUGGCACUCCAGGUCCUUCUGAGCCUGGAGCAGUGGAGCCUGGAGAAGUGGAACCUGGAGAAGUUCAGCCUCCUGGCAGCAGGAAGAGACCUGCAGCUAGCAAAACAGCUGUGACUCCCAAGAAAGCUGUGACUCCCAAGAGACAGCCCAAGCCAAAGGCUGUGACUCCCAUGAAGUCUAUGAAGAAGGCAAAGUCGGCAGCUAGCCCCAAAGGUUCUCCCAAGGCCAAAGCCAAAAGCAAAGCCAUGGCAAAGUCCAAGGGCGACAAAACGAAAAAGCACACCCUCAAGAGGCCUGCAGCUGUUGUGCCUUUGAAGCGUCCAGCUGCAGCACCUGCUGCCCAAGCAGGAAAGUCAGCCAAGGGUUCGUCCAUGGAGUGGGCAGUCAAGUUGCAGGUUGAAGAGCAGAAGGCUGAGAAGGACUUUGAGGAACAUGGAGAAGAAGAAGAAGAUCCAGGUGCCGAUGACAUGGAGGUAGACCCAGCAGAGGCCAACUUCCGGGUGGAAUCCGAGCACAAGGACAGGAGCAAGAAUGCUAAGUUCAAGAAGAUGUUGAAAGAUGGCCAAUUGCCCAAGUGGGCAGUGGAUGCCUGGAACGCCUCGUGCCAGUUGUCCACAGGGCGACCUGCUGCUCAGAGGAAGCUUGUGAACGCCAUCAUCUCCAGAGAAGAUGCCACAGGCAAGCUGGCCUUGAACUUGACCAACCCAGUCUUGGAUAAGUUGAAGAGCACCUACCAGCGCCAUGAAUCCAAAGACAGCCACAAAGCCCUGCCAAAGACUUUGUUUUGUGGCAAGUUUAACUUGAGCGAAGAUGCCUUUCAAGUUGGCUUGGCUGCUGGUGAAUUCCAGGAAGUGAUUGGCAAGGACGGCAAAGUGCGAUACAGUUGGCAGGUGCAAGAGCACACAGUCUCAAAGGGCAGUGAUUCCAGAGUGACCCUCAAGAGUGAGAGCUACUUGACCAAAAAAGAUGCAGCUUUCGAAAAGGCACGUCUUGAUGGUCCCUUCAUUGGCCUUUUUGAGAAGAAUAAGGGCCAGCUCGCCAUUGCAGGCCCAACUGGGCAGCUUGCUUUGUGCGACAAGGAAACUGAGUUGACAGCUGAGCUUUGGACUCAGGCCCAGUCCCAGCUCAGUGCAGCCAUGAAGUUCUGGGACAACCACAUCAAGGAGGCCAAAAGGUUGCUCCAGCAAGUAGGUGGUGACAACCGCGAAGAUGAGUUGUACAAUGAGAAAGACAUCACUCAAAGUCUCCAGAAGGAGAAGGGCAUCUUGGAUCACAUUUGGCAGUGGAAAGAAAUCCCAGACAAGAUUGGCACGCCCCUGACAGUGAAGAACUACGAUGACACCAUGUGUGCUUCUGGCAUUGCUGGUGAGGCUCUUGAGCUUCGUCUGGCAGGUACUGAGCAUUUGGCAUCUGGCAUUGCUGGUGAAGUGCAAAAAGACUAUUUGCGAAAGAGAGGCCUCCUGCAAAGACAGGAGGCAGCUCGUUCCUCUGUACAGGAGAAGAGUGCCUUACAUGAGCUACUUAUGUCCUUGCUAGCACAAGGUAUUCUAUCAGGGACCUUAUGCCACAGCAUCGCUGUAGCAGCAAAGAAAGAUAUUGAGAAAAUCAAAGAGGACAAGGAACUGCCAGACUUGGACAAGUUGGCUGGGCUCAAACAAGGAAAGAAUUUGAUUCGAUCCGUUUAUGGAAAUUUGGAGAAGUCCAGCAAUCUUCCUGCUCCUUUUCCAGUGGAAAUUCCAUACAAGGAUGGAGCCCAUGCAGGGAACAUUUUGUUGCCGCAUGAAUAUUUUGCUGCCAUGUAUGAGAAUGACAAACAUUGGAAAUCUUCAAUCCUGGGUGAUUGCCGCACAUUGGAGAAAUUUUGGACGACUUUUGACACUCAUCCCUUGAUGAAAGACAAUCCACUGAAGAGAAUUCCUGAAUAUACAAAAACAUUGAUUCCUUUAUCCUUACAUGGAGAUGAAGUGCCUGUCUUCGGGGUAGGCAAAAUUUGGGCCAGAUCUGUGUUAUCUUUCAGUUGGACUUCCAUCUUAGCCAAUGCCCUUGGAGCAAGUGCUGAAGAAUGCACCAUUUACAUCUGGGGAGUCUUUGAAAAAUUCGUGGUACAGGAUGAGGGAGAUGUCUUGGGAACCAUGUCAACUUUUUUCUCUGUUCUCCGAUGGAGUUUCCAGGCACUCUUGGAUGGUGUGUGGCCUGCAAGGGACUGGAGAGGCAUCAAGUUUCCCAAGAGUUCCAAAGAUGGGCGAAAAGCAGGCCAGCCCCUGGCAGGCGGCUACAGAGCAUGUUUGCUUCAACUCUGCGGAGAUCUGGAUUAUUUCCAGAAGUGGUUUGGCAUUCCUCAAAGUACCAAUCACUUGAGUCCAUGUUGUCAGUGCAAAGCAACAUUUCGAGGCAACACAUCCUGGUUGGAUAACAGGAACUGA